GUAUCCAACACGUAUCAUUAAAGAAUAUCUUUGUCAGUCACCGUGGACAAGAUGAAGAUAAUUGUGGCAACUGGACAUUACCAUGUCGUAGUGUAAGACACGCUGUCAACAUUUCCAGUGCUAAUGACGUCAUACAUAUUGAUUACGCUGAGGGGAGACCUUAUAAAGAAUGUGAACACCUUAUUUCAAACGAAAACCACGCGAUUAUGCUGAAUAAAUCGCUAUCGUUUUACGGCUUUAAUGGAACAGCGAUAUUACAUUGUGAACAAACCUACUCAUUUUUUGGAAUAAAUAGUUCUGAACAUAUAACGUCAAAAAUUGUAUUCUCAAACCUUUCAUUAGCUAGCCGUGGAAUUUUACUUCACUUUUAUGAUAGAACUAGGUUUGAACUGGAAUUUAAUUUCUGCAACGUAGAGAGAUCUUCGCGUUUUGUCUCGGCUGAUAAUCUCUUAUCUUGCUCACUUCAUGUGCUUGGUUCCAGUAUUCGAAGCUCAUACGAACCGAUAUUUGCGAAUUGCAUUAAUCUUACGGCUCGCCUGAUUGAAUCGACAUUUUCAUGCAUGGUUACACUGUAUUCUCCUAACCAGACGUUUGGCUUAAAUUAUCAAGACAGAAAGCCAGUGUUGAACGUUUAUAUCUACAACUGCACUUUUAUACCGAUGAAUAGACAACUAUCUUGCGAUUAUCUUGUUGGAAUUAACCCCGAAUCUGCUCAACUAUCUAACAUCACAAUUAAAUCUUCCACAUUUAUGAACUUUUAUAAUCUUGCAGAUAUAUCAAGAUCAAGUGCACUCAGCAUAUUCUCUAAUUCUCGACAAAUUACCAUAGUUUUGGAUUCACUACGUUUUGAAAACAUUACCUGUUAUUACGCGGUGAUUUACAUGCAUUUAUUGUAUGAAAAAGAACGUGAAAUACCUAUUGCUGGCAUAUUGAACACUGUAUUUGUAAACACUUCCAGAGCAGUCAUGUGCGUUGCCGAAUGGCCAUCUGUUACAUUUUUCUCUUACUUCAUGGUAAAGUUUUACAAUAAUACGUUUAACAUUACUCAUGGCGGUAAAUUUGGAAACGAAGGGCCGGUAUAUCUUCUUGGUGGUUCAUACCACUUCUUAUCAUGUCAUUUUUUUCAAAAUGCUCCUGUGUACAAUCCUAUCUUUCCACUUUUUCAUUUUGAAUGUGGUACCCAGGUAACGUUUGAAAACUGUUCGUACGAAAGUUAUCCAAUCACAGAAACUAAUGGAAAUUUGUCGAACAGCAACAUGUUCUACGUUAUAUUAUACGAAACAAGUAUCUCACGUGUUACUAUAGAGGGAUAUCUUACAAUCCUUUGUCCCCAAGGUUAUAAGGUGAAUUUAAACACAAACUGUUUCCUGGAAUCUUGUUCUUUAUUUACUGCGUUAUGUGAGCAAUGUCCGAGAAAAACAUACUCCUUCGACAGAGGAAAAGCUCAUAAUACCCGGUCCAACCACAUCACCUGCCAUGAAUGCCCUGUGGGUGGGAACUGCGUCGAAGGCCAAGUGACAUCUAAACCUAAUUUCUGGGGAUACAAGUCAAACCAAACGGUCACGUUUCAUCAGUGUCCUGCCAAAUACUGCUGCGAUACUAACCAAUGCGAGCAUUACAACAGUUGCCAUGGUAACAGAAUGGGUACCCUGUGUGGUGAAUGCCCCAGUGGAAUGUCGGAAUCUCUAUUUGACACAAAAUGUAAAGCAAACAAAGAUUGCACAAGUGUUACGUUUUGGCCAGCGAUCUCAGCUUACUUAACUCUUUAUCUCUUAUUUUUCUUGUACCAAAAAGAUAUCAUCAAUUUUGUCUUGGGGCGUAUUACACCAAGAUAUUUUUUGUCUUCCAAAAAUGGUCGAAACUCCAAACCCGGCGGCUUCCUAAAAAUAAUAUUUUAUUAUUAUCAGAUUGUUCAUUUGUUACGCAACUCUGUUGGCUCAGAUGUAAAAGUUAAAUUCUUUGAUGACGCAGAAAACCUUUUAUCCAGGGCAUUCAAUUUUCUUAUCAUUGGUAUUCCUUCCAUUGAUUGUCCAUUUCAAGAUCUUCGUCCUGUUCAAAAGGCGGUCAUCGUUCAUUCUGUAGGGUAUAGUUUGUUAACACUUCUUUGUCUAUUGUAUCUUUCUAAAUUUGUAUUCAAGGUAGUUAAGAAACUGAGGACUAGAUCUACUCAGCAGGCGGUUGCUGGUACCGAAACAAUGGAUCAUAGUCCUAAUUUAGAAGAGAAUCCUUUUCUGGGACGUAUUGCAGGGGCCUUUGCUAACAUUUCACUUUUGACGUACGCCUUGUCCACUCAACUCUGUCUUUCCCUUCUUCACUGUGUACCAGUUGGUGACAACCAAGUUUUAUUUCUUGAUGGUCAUGUGAAAUGUUACAAAACAUUUCAAUAUUUUCUUUUUGUUUACAUGAUUUCUUCCAUACUUCCAUUUUGUCUUGUUCCUGUUCUCGGUUCGUAUCUUUUGAAAUUAAAUCGUAUUUCUGUAGCGCAGUUUUGUCUUGCUUGUAUCUUUCCACUGCCAUUCUGUUGUUAUUGGUCUUAUUUGUUGGUACGGAAUUCUUCGUGGUGGAUGAGACCUUCUCGUCGUGUAGAAACAAAUGACCAAAUACAAGAUGAUGCAAUUGAUGAAAACUCUACUGAUUCAACUACAAUUGAUGGCAGGGGAACUGUGAGUGGAAAUUCAAACCCAGAAACCGAAAAUUUGAGCACAGAAACCGCGUUGAGGGGCAGUAAGGCGGCCGUUCUUCGAGUUCUUCUUGGUCCAUUCAGGCCACACAAGGCAAUUUUUAUUUUCCCUGCCUCGCAUCUUCCAUGGGAAGGUUUUCUUAUUCUUCGUAGACUGGUAUUGAUUUUGGUCCUCACGUUUGUGUACGACACUCGUGUGAAGGCAACUCUAUCCAUGAUACUUUGUGCAGUUAUUUUACUGCCUCAUGUACUCGUUAAGCCUUUCAAGAGCGCCAGCGAUAACGUACUUGAAACAUUAUCCCUUGUAAUGCUGAUAAUCAUCUCUGGUUUUAAUUUGAUUAAAAGUAUUUAUUAUGGUGAAGAUUUGGACUCCGGUAGCAAGGCUUUGUUAAAUAUGAUCAACGUGAUUGAAAAUGCUCUUAUAAUUUUUCCCGUUGCUCUCAUACUUUCUUUGGUAAUGCUUUCCAUUCUUUUGAAACUGGUAAUGGUGUUUCGGCUUUGCUUUCAAGCUACAUUCAGGCGAUUGAAACUCUUUAAACAAACUCAUCAAAGACCCUCUGAGAACUGUACUCCUGAAGAGCAACAGUCUUUGCUCUCAUCGUGA